AUGGUAUAUGGUCAUGAACAACCCUAUGACGAUAUUAUCCUCAGCGCCGUGGGAUGGGAUCGCCGAUUUGGGGAAAUGGAAUUUCCAGAACUGAACGGCAAUCAAGUUUUUGGUCUUAUUUUUGCUUGUUGGUACAAUGUCUAUCCUACGAUGGCCUUGCUAGCGUAUGAUUUCAAGCGCAAGACAAAGGAUAUGACGAAUGCAGAAUACGCCCUCACUCUGCAGAGAUGA